AUGCGCAAGAGCCUUGCCGAGCGAUUGGCCACCUUCGCGAAGGUGACAACGGAACUCAGCGAGAGGCACGUCCGGUGCAAGUGUUGGGGCGACGACUGGCAGACCCGACAGGCAGAGCACUGGGUGCUGUGGAACGACCACCUCACCCAGUCCAGGCACACCAGGUGGAGGGCAAGCGUCGACGCCCCGCUCGACAGUGAUGAGGAGAGGCAGUGGAAGGAGGAGUUCCGGUCCGUCGAGGACAACUGCAACAGCCACCGGCAGGCCCUCAGAGAGGCGCAGCAGCAGCACGGAGAAGACUGGCAGAAGACGGUGAAGGAGAAGGCACUCGCGGCGCCGGCGGCGGCCGCCCCGCCCCCGCCACAGCCCAGCGCGCCGAGGGUGGUGCAGCCGCCAGCGCAGCCCGCGGCG